UUAUGCAUGUGUGAUGAUGUCAGGUGUCUAGGGCAACCUAGGGUUUGCAUGUGCAUGUAGGGUUUCACACAAGACAUUACACUUGUGAAUGAUUUUUUUCUAAGUCAUUUAUACUGUGAACACACUGGAAGCAUACAUGGCGCAACAUUUGACCUGGAAGAAGUCCAAGGAGUGAUAACAGUGGGGAGUCACCACUGUUGGGGCGCAAGUUUAUUGCCAUGGAAUUCUUUCUAAGUCAGAAACACAUACACUGUGAAGUCUAGGCGCAAACUCAAUAUACAUAUAUAUGUAUAUAUGUUUCUGGCGCAACUUGGUUAUAUAUUAACCAGGAGAGAGAACAGGGGAUGUGUUCACACUGUAUGGCGCAAGUACAAAGCAAUAGAAAUAUUUUAAGUACCAGGUCAUCUCUUCCUGGAGGUGUAUAAGCGCAAACUUUGACUCUAGUCAAAGUUGGCGCCACCCUCACAGUAAAGCCACUCUGCGCAACCUUGUGUCCCUGCAAAUUUGGCUAAGUCACUACAGUAGAGAGUGAAGGAAGGCGCAACAAUUGACUGGCGCAAGGUUUGACCAAGUAAUGCUAUUGUGUUUCAAGCUUAGAAUUUAUUCUAAGUCACAGACACACUAUGAAGCCAUGUAGAGCGCAAGUCCAGUGGCGCCAACUCAAAACCUGUUAACCAUGGUUAGUUUAUGAAAAGCCUAUAAAUACCCAUGGAUUUUGUUCUCAUUAGUAACACUCUCCACCACCUUUAUGGUGGAAUGGCUUUGUGCCUUGCACACUACUACACACAAAUAAAUCAUAGCUUAGUUUUGUAAUAUAUAUAUAUUUAGAAGCUAGGGUUUGUGAGUGUACGUAGUAGUAGCCAUUGUAGCCAACCUUCGGGUUUGGAUUUAUAGCACCCUUCGAGGUAUUUAUCAAUAUACAGAUAUACCUUGGAAAAUAUUGUGUGUUGGUUUAAUAUUUUAAUAUCCUCAGAAAUCGACCCAAUAAAUAUCCAGAACACGAAACCCAUUACAGAACUGCAAUUUGUUUAUCCGCAAGAUUCGAAAGAAUUUUAAAUUGUAGUGAGUAUCGUAUUCAACCCCCCCUUCUACGAUACUUUGGACCUAACAUUAAGAGCAUUUCGUACUACUUCUCAAGCCUUUUAAAGAAUUUUCAAGACUUUUUACCGACUUUAUGAGCCUUUUGUCUUAUCUUUCGAGCCUUUUUUCUAACUUUUCAGACCUUUCUUACGAAGAAGUCAUUCUUUUAAGUAAUAUCAUAAGUGUUUGUAGUAUCAUAAGUGCCCUCAAGCAUUUUCAUAUUUUUCCAGGGCUUUGAUAUUUUUAUUGGAAUUUUCAUGAUUUAAUUCCAAUUUUUCAAGAAUUUAAUGGGCCAUCAAAUAAUUUUCAAAAUAAAUUGAAAUUAAAAUUUCAAUUUUUCGGAAUUUAUCCUGAAUUUUUGGAAUUUUUCGAGAAAAAAUAAGCGUCUUUGGAUGUCCACGUCGACCUCGGGAUCAACCAGGUCGAUUUGGGGCGCUCAUGGGCGCCUAGGCCGACCCUGGGGCUCACCCAGGUCAAUUUAGGGCACUCUGGAUCGUCCAUGUCGACCUUGGGGCUCACUCAGGUCGAUUUAGGGUGCUCUGUGACGCCCAGGUGAUCCUGAGACUCGCCCAGAUUGAUCUAGGUGCUUUGGGGAGCCCAGGUCGACCUUGGCAUGCCCAAGUCGACACUAGGGCGUUCUGGGGCGUGCUGACGCGUUUUGGGGCGUCCAAGUCAACUCUGGGGCUCAUCCAGGUCGAUUUAAGGGCACGCUGGGACGUCCAAGUUGAUCUUAGGGUUCAUCCAGGUCGAUUUAGGGCACCCAGGUUCAGCCUAUAGCAUUUCUCAAUUACGACUUGUAACUGGCGCUUAAACUUGAUAUAAUGCCCCGAGAUAUGGGACACGGUCAAUAUUUGAAAAAAUUUGUAAAUAUUUAGUAAAAAUUAAAAAUAUGCCUUUAAGUAUUGGAUGCAGCUAAUUGAGGAAAUUCGUAAAUAAUUUUAGAAAAAAUUUUAAAAUGUUUCCCAAGUAUUGGCGCUACUAAUAUUGGGGGAACUUGAAAAUAAUUUGAAAAAAUCGAAUAUGUGCCCCCCGAGUUUUGGAUGUGGCCAAUACUGAACAAAUUUGAAUUUGAAAAUGUGCCCUGAAGUAUUGGACGCGUCCAAUAUUGAGGAAGUUUGUAAAUAAUUUGAAAAAAUUAAAAAUGUGCCCCCAAGUAUUGGACGAGACCAAUAUUGAGGGAAUUUGUAAAUAAUUUGAAAAAAAUUGAAAAUGUCCUCCAAAUAUUGGAUGCAACCAAUAUUUGAGGAAAUUUGGAUAACUUUAAAACGUGCCCCCCAAAUAUUAGAUGUGGCCAAUAUUUCAAAAUUUUGAAAUAAAUAAAAUUUUCUCCCAAGUAUUGGACGCUGCCAAUAUUCAGGAAAUUUAUAAAUAAUUGAAGAUGUGGUUGAGAUUGUAGACUAGGGUUCGUGAUUACAGAGAAAACUUUUCUCCACAAGGUUCUCGCUCUUAAGAAUUAUCAAUGCUCACAAUUUGCCCGUGUACCCCUUUUUAUAGGAGAUCAAGUCAUAUGUAGUUCUAAUCUCCUAAGAAACCUACUUGGAUUCAGUUUCCCCUCUCGUCGCCUUUUUAAAAGGGGUCCAAUACAAUGAUAACUAGUCAUGGGCCUAAAAGCAUGCUGAUUCGCCCAGGACUUUUCGAAUCUCACUCGGAUCGCAUUCUCCCAGACUCAACUGUCGCUCCAUGACUUACCCCAAAUGUAAGGGCGCAUAUAUACUCCCCAGUGAGGACCACUCAUCAGACUAUAGAGAUAGUGUCUUACAAGGUAUGUAUUUGUGAAGAUUCCACAAGCUCCCUGAUGAAGACUACCCGCCAGAAUACAAAGCAAGGCCUUCCCCAGUCUUUGGCCUCUACCUCCCAAAGAGGAUUGCUGAUCAGAAUACAAGGUAGAGUCUUCAACAAUCAACAUAGUAAGUUUCAUUCAUACUUAGAGACGUCCCCAAACACAACAUGUUCCCUCUUGUCCAAUGAAUCUUCAUGUAUAGUAUUUCCUAUGUAAAACCAAUCGAAUGCAUCUCCUCCAAACAGGGCACGUCCUCGUUAGAGGUCUUCUGGGAGGUGCCAGAUAUGUCGGCGCGCCCACAUAUUGCCCAACCCAAUCUUUGUACAUAUCUCAAUCAUUCAGAUGGAUGGGUCUGGCCAUAAAACAGGUCUUUCAUAUUUUUUAGUAUAAUCAUUUUCAAAUUUUGUGAGAAUAUUUUUAUAAUUUUAUAAAAUUUAAAACGAUAAAAAUAUGUCAAUUUUUUUCAAGAGAGACAUGUGUCUCCCGUAUAUCUUACUAGAUGUGUCCUGACUAUAUGGAAAAAAAAAUUAUAAUCACAAUCUUACGAGUCGUCACUGGGUAAUUUGAAUACACUCACCAUUUAUAUUUGAUAGGAUCUGUUUUGUCCAAUAAAUAUCUAUAUUAUAAGCAUGAUUGGAUAGCCCAGUGGUGGGUUUAUCCUCUAUUGUCCUAAGACAUCCGGGUCGACUCUGGCUCACCCCGAGAAUUAUUAGAUGGAUACUAAUUUAUAAUGCAUAUAAGUUUGCAUUUUCAAAAAAAAUAAAAAAUAUCCAUAUUAUAAUUAGAAAACAUAUAUGCGGAUUAACACGAAAAUGUGACAUAAUCACAAUCUUAUCACAUGUAAUCGUCACACAUUUUAUAUGUUAUCACCAUCACUAGAAGUGACUAAUCACCAUUAAUCAAUCAAUUAUGAAAAAUAUGCAUGCAUAUUCUCCUCCUACAAUUAUUAACUCCAUCUAUCUAAUCUCCCAGCUGCAAACUUGCCAAGUUGAAUCCCUAUCCAGCAGCAAAACUCGGUUAUAGGCCCCCACCUCAAGCAAUGAAAUUUGAAUAGUUGACGCAAUUUCAUACAUCUAUUUUUUAUACUCCCUCUGUCCCAUUUAAUUCUAUACGUUUCUUUUUCAUUGCUCGACACGCACUUCAAUGCUCUUAUAAAACAUAGUUCUAUAACUUAUUUUUAAAAUUUUCUUUUUCUGAAUAAAAAUAUAACAUCCAAACUUUUAUACAGAAAAGAAAAAUCUUAAAAAUAAGUUAUAGAAUUAUAUUUUACAGGAGCAUUAAAGUCCGUGACGCGUCCCCGUUCCCCAAUGUAUAUAACUCAGGGGGACGGAGGGAGUAUAUCAUUUAAUAAUGUGAAUGGAGUCAUUUUAUUUUAUUAUCGGAGCCUAUUGUCCCACAAAAUGAUUGUUAUCACUACCCCACAUUGUGGAUCCCGGACGGAGGGUGACGGGGAAAUAAGGGUUGAACUGAAUUGAGAUUGAAGGAAAAAAAAUUCAUCUACGAAAUUAAGGAUAUUAAAAAAUAUCAAAUUGUUGAGAUAUUUAAUUAAAUUUGGAUUAUACAGUAAAAUUCAAUGAUAUUUAAUAAGAAUUUAAAUUGAUUAAAAAUUUAAUUGUAUUCAAUUAAAUUAUUUAAAAUCUAUUAAAAUAUGAUGGUAUGUUGGUGGAAUUUUUUGAACAUUAUAAAAAUGAAUAAUUCUGUGAGAUAGUUCAGUAUGUUUUAUACUUUUUGAAAGCCCAUCAUAAUUUAUGAAAUUUUAAAAAAAAUAUAUUUAAAUAAUCCUAAGCACGCAACAUUAAUAUUACGAUAUUUUAUAUAAAAUCUACAAUUAAAAUCAUAUACAAUCCAUCUAAAUUUAUAACAAAAAUAAUAUUUAAAUACACUAUUCACGACUUUCAUCGUAGAUUAUCCCAUUGCGCUCAUUAUAUCUCCAUCUCCGAUUCCGAUUCCAGAUAAGAGGACAAAACAUCUUUUACAUAAACAUAUUAACUCUUAAUAGAAACUUCUCCAUUUUCUAUUUCUUUUUCCCUUCAAUUAUUGAUACUAUUCUCAUCUUCCUUUACCUCAGCUUUCUCUAUCUAUAUCUUCACAUCACCUUCUGGACCCCUACCAUGCACACUUCCCUCAUAUUCCCACGUCUCAUAAUAUUUGUUAAACACGGAUCCUUAAUACUCAUAUUUAUUUUUGCAAAACACAAAUUUAGUUCAAAUGUCGCAUAACAAUACCUAAUUCCGGAGGUCAAAUACAUUUAAAUACUCACGCAUUCAUACUUUUACCGAUAUAUGAGCUAUCGACUUGCUUAACUACGUUAUGCUCUUAUAGAUACAUAGCUAUCGACUUGCUUAACUGUGUUACACUCUUACGGAUACAUGAGCUAUCGACUUGCUUAACUGCAUUGUUAUUUGUUAAGUAUGGUAAUUUGAUAGCCGCCAUAUUAACGGAAGUAUGGAGCAUACAUUUUGAUAUGGAAUAACCCGGGUUCCCCGGACCCGGGGCCCACUCUAGGACCAUGGUCCUCGGAAAGCACAUCAUCCCAGACCCUACUCGGGUACAUCACCCGGGUUAGGAAUUGGACCCGGGUAACUCCUAACCACACCCCUCGACCGGGGUCCAAACAUGUACCAGCCGACAACUACUGCACGAGGCACAGACUGACACGAUGAAGACAAAUAUAACGGUCAACUACUGGCGAUAGAGACAAGCCAGGGAACAUUCCAAAAGACUACUUCUACGCCGACACCUGGACACGUGUAGGGGAUCAAACCCCUACACGUGUAGGACCAGGAUCCAGGUACGCACCCCCGAACCCUAAUCCUUGGCCUAUAAAUAGACCAAAGAUCAAGAGUCUGGGGGUUAACUUCACUCUCUCAUUUACACUCAUUCAUACACACACUUACACUCAGCAUAUACUAAAACACUCUCAGCCACCAGCCACCAGCAACCACCACACAUACACCUUCACCCACCACACAUAGAUAACACUUUCUCUAACCUUUAUCCUUCCGAAACCUACGCUUACUCUCACGCCGGAGGCGCUUUGGGGCAAAACCCCCCGCCGGCGUUGUUUUGUAGGCUCCCAUCCAGCAGCUACACCACGGAACCACCAGUCACGGCGGAGGAAGGACCGGGAUCGGAGACUGGCGUUAUCACAUUUCAACGUUUCGUGAUAAAACUGUAGAUGCAAGAGAAGAGAAUAUCUCACGGGAGAGAAUCCACAAAUACAUGUUCAUGGAAGGACUUUUCAUGAAAUAACUAGGAGCUUUCAUUUUCCAUUUCUUGCUUCUCUUUCCUUCCAAUUUGUUUGCAAGUGUAUUGAUUCUUUUCUUCCACUAUGGUUCCAAGAAAAGCAAAAAAAGUAGGAAAAUUGAAUAUUAAUCGAGCACCUUCAUGAUCACUUUAUGAACUUAAUAAGAAUCCAUUAGUCCAUGAAGACUACACAAUAUUUUGAUCGCAAAUGAUCUAAAUAAUCAACAUCGUAAAAAUCAGUUGAUUCGGUUAAGAUGGUCCCCAAAAAGCAGAGGUCCAUCAAUUCGAUCAAUUCGAUUUUAACCGAGUACUUGAAUGAGUAUUCGGAUGAAUGAGAAAUUCCAUCAGUAUAUUUAGAUUUUCAAAAUUCAACGAGAUCAAAUUGAAUUCUGAAACUUCAAAUUCGAUUUUAACCGAGUACUUCAUGAAUGAAAAAUUCGAUUGAAAAAUUCGGUCAGAUUUCCAGAAUUCAACGAGGUGAAAUUGAUUUCUCAAACUUCAAAUUAAAUUAUCUUGGAUUUGUAUAACCAACCUUGAAUAGAUAGAUUAGAUAGUCAUCACACAAUUAAAACACUAUACUCAACAGGACAGUUUACAUCAGAAAGCGACUAGCCUCAUCUCAAGAGAAUACAACUAGUUCAGUUAAAUUAUCAGGCUAUAAUAAUGUUGAAAAACUAUUACUGGGGUCUACUCUCUUUAAAUUCUUCGAAUGUCAUAUAUUAAAGUGCCUUUUCACAGUCCUAUAAAUCUUUCCCUGCCUUUAAACUCUGACAUGUAACUCAUCUACUUAAGUUUCAAGUCCUCUGCAUCUCUUACACCAUAAACUCCAAGCCAUGCCUGCUAAUGAGUUGUCGAGUUGCGGCGAAGAAGGUUCUGAGCUCAGAAGAGGUCCAUGGACUUUCGAAGAGGACUCUAAGCUUAUUCGUUACAUUACCUGUCACGGUGAAGGGCGCUGGAAUCUGCUAGCGAAUAGUUCAGGAUUAAGGAGGACAGGAAAAAGUUGUAGAUUACGAUGGCUGAACUACUUGAAACCUGAUAUUAAGCGCGGUAAUCUUACCCCACAAGAACAACUUUUAAUCCUUGAAUUACACUCUAAAUGGGGCAAUAGAUGGUCCAAAAUAGCUGCACAUCUACCAGGAAGAACAGAUAAUGAAAUCAAGAACUAUUGGAGGACGCGAGUUCAGAAGCAGGCUCGACAGCUUAAGAUCAACUCCAAUAGCAAGAAGUUCAUUGAGGCGCUUCAGCAUUUCUGGAUGCCUCGUUUGCUCGAGAAAAUGGAGCAAAAUUCAGCACAGCCAUCAUUGUUAUCUUCUCCUUCGACAAAAGAAACAGAAAACUCUGAAAGCGGUUCUAAGCUGACUAAUUCAAUCGCGAUAGGAUCAUCAUCACAAAACUCUAUGGCAAUAUUGGAGCAGACUAAAAGCUCAGACUACGAAAAUCCAUUGGAAAAUAACAGUUACCAUGUGGAUAGUACUGGCUUUGCUAAGGAGAGUUUCAGAGAGCUAGACAUAUCUGACUUGGAGUCUAAUGAAUUCUCAUUCUCCGACUGCCAGAUGGCAAAAGUUGACUGGACUAAUGACAUUGCAGGUGCUUUUUGGGACAUCGGUGAAUCAUGGGAGUUCCUGAAGUAGAUAUAAUGUACAUCAUUAUAAAGUGGCCUUCUACUAUUAAGAGGCAUUAUGAUAUAAAAGGCAAAGUUAUUGAUAUAUAAUUAGCCUGUUUAGAUAUAAGUAAUAUGCAGAAUCAGGGUUAGUGAUUGUACAGAGGUUUGUAAUGGAUUAAAUAUUAAAGAUUUUGGGAUCAA